GCCGUAUAGAGUGGUUCUUUUCGAGGAACAGUCUUUUGAAUGAAUCGUUUUUUACGUCAAUGUCAAAGUGACGCUUGUUAUAACCGUCAACUCUGCACUCAGCAGGUCUGAUUCUAACCAAAUAAAUGGUAUUUUUACUAUUUAAUUGUUGAUAUUUACUGUUUAAAAUGACAGAAAAUGGAGAUUAUUACCGUAAUCAAAUAGCUAUUGCUAGAACUGAAAUAAAGAACUUAAGGCAGCAAAUUUCUUCGCUUAAACAGGAACAUGCAAAAGAAGUAAGGCAUAUUAAGAGUCAUCUGAACACACUGCGCUGUGCAAACUGUGGCGAUAAUGCAACAACAGUUAUACCAACUCAUAAUGGAGGGGAUAUGUCACAGCUUGAUCCUGAAGAUCUCGUUUAUAAACCAAUUGGUGUGAUUGAGACUGCGUUCCACAAUAAACGGGGAGUUCCUCGUCAACCUUCGGUAAUGGCAAAUGCUAGAGGAACCGUGGUGAUCAAUACUUCUGUGUUUAAUAAUCCAGAUCAUGCGUUGAUUGGACUUGAGGAGUUUUCACAUAUCUGGAUAUUAUUCCAUUUCCACAUGACAGAGAGUACGAAUUCACCAGCGAAAGUGGCGCCACCUAGGCUACGUGGCGAAAGAAGGGGCGUUUUCUCAACUCGAUCACCCCACCGCCCUUGUCCUAUCGGCCUUUCUCUUGUCAAGAUAGACAGGAUUGAAGGAAACAAAAUACAUUUCUUUGGUGUGGACAUGGUGAAUGGGACCCCAGUAUUGGAUGUGAAGCCGUAUAUCCCCCAAUAUGACUACCCUGUGCCUGCUUUCGGAGAAAACAUGUCGGCACUAGUAAGGCCUCCCACAGAAGGAAUUAGCGAUGUAAUUGAUACACUUGCCAAUCUACCAAUUAAUGAUGAAAAUUUUGAUGCAAGGAGUCUCAGCCCGCGGGUAACGAAUCCAAUCGGCAUAGAUACGACUACAUCUCGUUCAUUUGGAGAGCCGUCAUCCGAACAGCCGAGUAAUGGAACUACUCCAGUAUCUCCGUCAUCAGAGUCACCAUCAAGUGUUGACGUACUUGAUGGCAGCUACCGAUCGCCUACCGCCCGAAGACCAGAAACUGAGAGGGGAGCGCCUGAUGGUCAAGAAAGGUAUACCCCACCACAAUCAGCUCAUGUCACAAACAUAACUCAUGAUGGUAUAAGGGUAGCUCCAUGGAUCGCGAAUCCGCCAGCACAGACUUACGACGUACGAUUCACUGAUGAUGCGCUCGCACGGUUAAAUGAGUUGAUCGGGGACAGAGCGCAGGGUUUCAAAGCUAAUUUGGAAUGCUUGCUUUCCGAAGACCCAAGGUCCCAAUACGUAAGAAAUAGAUAUCCAGGUCAUGAGUACAGUUGUGUACUUGAAGAUAUUUCUAUAAGCUGUGUCUUCGAUGCCAGUUCCUCUGUCUGCACGAUCAUAGCUAUACGUAACGCAGAAGAUUUACAAACUUGAUAUGUUGCAUAAUAAUUCUACAAGCACAUUACAAUAAGUCAUCGGCACCAUGUUUUUGUUAAAGAUUUUAUUAUUACUAUUGUGAAAAAAAUAAAAAUAUUAAAUCAUAUUGAAUUUAGAAAAAUAAUGUCUUUUAUUUUAUUUUAAAAUUGUUGACCAAAAUUUUAUGUAUACAUACAAAAUAAAUGCCACUACACAGUCCAUAAAUGAGUACUUGACGAAAACAUAUAAUAUAAAAAUACAAUCUCAAAUUUAUAACAAAAUAUAAACUAGGAAUACUUAGAAUUUAUAGUAAAAAAGACAAUACAAUACUGUAGGUAAUCUUCAGACAUGUCCAUCCAUUCAGACAUGUCCAUCAACACAUACAUGAAUUAACUGAGUACCUAAGUCGCUAGUUUCAAUAAUUUUGCAUAUCACACGAUAGUUACUGUUCAAAAAAUAUGAGCAUAUCACAUUUAAACUUUUUUAUAGAACAAAAUCUGUUUGCCAGAACCAAACCCGCCAAUAGUGUCUAAAAUAUUAAGCUCUACGUAUUUAAUUUUAGUGCCAUUUAAUGGAAUGCUUUUAACAGUUUCAUCGUGAUCCCAAUUUAUUUUGCUGGACAUCGAGCUCCAAGUCUUACCAUCGGUCGAAUGUCUGUAUUGCACUUGUAGUAUGGUCCCGUUGCCAGCAUCUUCGCGAGGUGUGUAUUCUAAUCGAUCUAUCUCAUGUAUGCCAUCCAGGUCGAAAUUGAGCGUGAUUACUUUACCUUUCUGCGGGUUUGCUUGAUCUGGUUUCGCCCAAUGAGUAUGCCACAGCGAACAUGCGUCCCCAUCAGUCAACUUACAAACUUCUUGGGACGGCUGGCAUGGAAUGUUGCAAGUAACUUUGACUACUUUAAUUGCAUGCUUCUGCGGAUUUUCCUUCGUCGAUACAACUAUAGUGUAACUCCAUUUUGACACGCCUUCAGAGUGAGCUGAACGAAUUUUGAACUUAUGUUCCGAAUCAAAUGCGAAACCUUCAAACGUGAAAUUAGAACCUGAAAUGUUUGUAAAUACUACUCCGUCUCUUUCUAUUUCAACGUAAGCUCCCGUCACUGGCUCCCAAUGAAGAGUAAUAGACGUAGGUGUCACAUCUUCGUCGCGUACUGUAAAGUUAGAGGGAUACCGUAACGCGUUAUUCAGAGUUGUGUUGUUUCCGUGAAUACUGUCUUUGUUUUGAUAGUCAUUGAUUUUAAUAUGUAUAUCGCUUGUCGUGACAUCUGUUUUACGUAUUUUAAUAAAUAAGAACUUUUUUUCUAAUGCCUCCCCACCAAAGCCUUGAAGGUAUGGGUUAACAAUAUAAUCUUCUUUGAAGUAGAAUGCAUCGUCUGCUGUGUUGAAUUCUUCUUCAGUUCUAACUUUCAUCAUAUUUAUUGGUUCAUUAUUUAUUGCAACUUUAACGUAGUCAACUGGUUUCGAUAUCAUUAUCCUAAGUAAAGUUGUUCUUUCUCUUACCAUGUUCUUGUAUUUUCCAAUCGUCUUGCGAAUAUGUAUAUGCAAAUUACCACAUUCAUUUGUUGAGGGGCCUGAGACUGACAAAUGAGUGUAAGCAUGAAAACCAUCUAAAUAAUCAGAAGUAUGACCAUCGUCUUCAUAUACUUUAAGAUCUGUUUCACCAUUCGGAUAAAUAUUGUACACUCUUAGGUCUCUUUCAAUUUCAUUAGGAUUGUUAUUUGGAUUAACCAUAGGUAUGAUAGCACCAUCUUUUACAAAAACUGGUAUGCGCCAUAGUGGAGUUUUCAAAUGAUUCCAUAUUUUACCUCCUUGGUAUUUUGCUCCUGUGAAUAAAUCUAUCCACACUUGUUUGUGGUCUGGAAGGAAAACACCAUUACGGACCCAGGGUCCAUCAGAGUUUUUUUCUUUAUACACUGGCGCUACUAAUAUUUUGGGACCCCACAUAAACUGGUACUGAGAGUCUUUCGUGUAAGCGCAGGGUUCUUUUGGAAAUUCCAGAAACAUUGCCCUAAUCAUCGGUAGACCGUUAACUGAUUCAUGAGCUAUGGUAUAAUUGUAUGGCAAAAGCAUAGCUUUUAAUUUCAAAUACGCUCUGUUAAUUCGCUUGGCUUCAUCAUCAAAGCUAAAAGGAGUUUUUUGCACUUUACCCCAACCGUCCAUAUUUAAUUGUAGUGGUGUGAAAGUCUUCCAUUGAUAAUCUCGCACAUUAACUGCUUUGCCUUGUCCCCCGUAAAUACCGUCCAUAUCAGAACCAACUAUUGGAAUUCCGGAGAGGCCAGAUCCAAUAUACGUCGGUAUGUGGAAGCGUAUGUAUUCCCACUGUCCUCCAGUCUGAUCUCCGCUCCAUACCCCUGCGUGCCUUUGGGUUCCUGCCCAACCGUCCACUGUUAUGACCAUGGUUCUAGCUUUGUGUUUAGCGCCUUUAUGAAAGAGUUCAUUAGCGUGUUCUAAGGCGUUAAGGCCGAAAGAGUAUCCAGAUCCAAUCCACGCCACAUCACACUUGAGCGCUACAACACCAGCUACACCUACUUCCUUUUUUAAGUCGCGCUCUCCUUUCUUUGGGUUUUUCGGAUCUGCCGGUUCUAAAUUAGAUUCAGUCCAAAGUGCAACUUCCACACCUUUUCCUCUGGCGUAGUCUGCAAACUGUUUCAAAUUUUCGAUAUCACCAUCUAAGGAGUCAGACUGUCCGUAGCCACAACCAUAGCCAUCAUUGGGCACGAACCAGCCUAAUGGCAUGUCAUGUCUUUGGUACCUACCAAUCAUAGCUCUUGCUGAAAAUUGGUAAUUAUUUUUCUCUCCAUUUAAAGACUCUAAUAUACCAUCUUUCCCAUUCAUAUCUUUGGGUUGAUAACAUUUGUAAUAAAAUCCGUCUUCAAACAAAAUCGCGCCAGGCGUAUCCUGCAUCACUUUGACCCAGUAAUCACGGUUAAACGCGUUAAGGUGUGCUUCAUAAAACGCGUAUUCAGGCAUGAAAAUCGGGUUUCCGGUCAAUUCAUAGUAGUCGGUCAGAAUAUCUUUAGGAUUUGAAUUUAUAAAGAAAAAUGCGUCAAAGUCUUCUCCUUUGUGGGAGGUAACGACCACGCUAGGGUUUUUAGUACCAAAAUCAUAGACGCCUGGUUGCCAAGUAUUGCGUAAGAUUCCAUAACCGUAAGUGGACCAGAAGAAAGGGCAUGGCGAUGUGACUCCUCCAUCGACCCAAUUAUUUGAGUUAACGAUAUCUAUUUUUUCUCCUUUGUGUGUAAAUCUGCCGUUCUGCAUUCCGCCUCCAAAGAAAUACUCGUCCUCAUUUUGAUGUAGCGUAUGUUUCACUUCGUUACCAGAAUAAGAGAGUGGUUCAGAUUCCUUUAUUAUUUCAUUGUUCGUCCUCAUAUCUCGUACGAUCAUAGUCCCUUUUCGUUUGUCGAAACGUAUUGUAAUUUUAUUGGUAUAAACAUUGUAGCAUUUAUCCGUAGUUUCAAGAACGGAAUAUUCAAACGAUUUGGGAUCGUAAUCAGUGAUAGCUUUAACGUUUAUUUUUGCUUUGUCUGUCGGGUGGUUUGGUUCAGGAUAGUCCAAGAAAAUGCCGUUGGGCGACAUGUAGUAUUUGAAAACAUGGCUAUUUAAGAUAUAUAGGCGAGCGAGCUCUCCUGUAUCAUAACUUAUUAGAUAAUACGCUUCCUUUUUCACUAUGGUAGAUAUGCCCCCUAGGGUUUCCAUGUUUAGGUACGUUCUUAUUCGUAGUUACUACUAGUUUUUAAAGUGACCUGACCUGGAACAAGGAAAAUAUAAAUUAGUACGUAC